AACGAUAUUCCCGCUCUCACUUCUGUAAAGACGUGGUUGAGCGGGAACUUCUCCAUGAAAGACUUAGGGGAUGCUAGUUAUAUCCUUGGCAUAAGAAUCUACCGAGAUAGAUCAAGAAAGUUAAUAGGUCUGAAUCAAAGUACAUAUAUAGAUAAAAUCCUUGAUCGAUUAAGCAUGUGUAACUCAAAGAAAGGAUCUUUACCUAUGACACCUGGCACGGUUCUUUCCAAGAAGCAGAGUCCUUCUACUCCUGAGCAGAAGGAACUCAUGAUGAAGGUUCCAUACGCCUCUGCGAUUGGAUCCAUCAUGUAUGCCAUGAUAUGUACUAGACCUGAUGUCUCAUUCGCUUUAAGCGUGACCAGCAGAUACCAGGGAAGUCCAAGAGAAGCACACUGGACAGCGGUCAAGAACAUCCUCAAGUAUCUUCGCAAUACUAAGGAUGCAUUCCUGGUAUACGGUGGUGAGGAAGAGCUAAAGGUGGUCGGUUACACUGAUCCUAGCUUCCAAACCGACAGAGACGAUUCAAAAUCACAAGCAGGAUAUUUGUUUUGCAUGAAUGGCGGAGCUUUUAGUUGGAAGAGCUUUAAGGAGGAUACAACCGCCGAUUGGACUACAGAGGCUGAGUACAUAGCUGCCGCCGAGGCAGCAAAAGAAGCUGUUUGGAUCAAGAAGUCCAUUACUGAACUUGGAGUGGUUCCUAGUAUUAAUGACCCUAUCUCGUUGUUUUGCGACAACACUGGGGCCAUUGCACAGGCAAAGGAACCGCGAUCUCACCAGAAAACCAAACACAUUGUACGACGCUAUCACAUCAUACGAGAAAUCGUAGAUAGAGGAUAUGUGAUGAUUUGCAAAGUAGAUACUGACGACAACAUAGCCGAUCCCUUGACCAAGCCUUUAGGAAAGCUAAAGCAUGAGGGUCACACUAGGUCCAUGGGCAUUCGACCGAUUCCAGAUUGGCCAUAGUGCAAGUGGGAGAUUGUUGGAGUUGUGCCCUGAUGGCCAACUGUUUAUCAUUAUUCUAUCAUCUAUAGGCAGAUAUAAUAUGUUUACAUAUCUCAAGCUAAUGUAAACAAAUAUUAUAUUCCUAGAUUUAUAUUUAAAGAUGUUUAUCAGAUAGUGUUAUUCUGCUGAUGAGACUAACAUCUUGAUAUAAAUAUUUAUCUGAAUG